CUUAAAAUGUUGAAAAGAAUAGAGAAAAACACAAGUGACACAAGUAAUCUUAGUGGUCAUAAAAGGGUUAAUUAUUGUUUUCAAUAAGAACUCUAGGAAGUGAAAGUUUCAUUUUGCCCAGUAUCAGAUGUGUCAAAUAUGGCGGCGGAUGUUCUGCGUGCGGCAAAUGUUUAUAAUAUUGAUAGUGAUGGCAAAUUGAACGAUCGCUUCAAAACAACAACAAUAUUUGUUAUUUGUAGUUACGAUCCACAGGGUCUCAGUGUUAAAAUAGUUCCCGAAUAUGACGAGAGCAACAGCUUCGAGUUCCCCUUCAAGUCUAGCACAGACACCGCACGUAUGGGGGCCCGUGGGCAGAUUGUCUCGCUUCAAGAUGAAAAUCUCUGUAUAGUGUUCAAUUCGGACUCAGACGUCCGAAAAUUCCGGGAACUGAUCAACACUGUGAAGGGUAGACGAGCCAAUUCAGUAUUCUCACAGCGCACGGAAGAAUCAUCCGCCAAUCAAUAUUUUCAAUUCUACGGAUACUUGAGUCAGCAGCAAAAUAUGAUGCAAGAUUUCGUCCGGACAAGCACCUACCAGAAGGCAAUUCAUAGCAAUAUCAACGACUUUCAUAAUAAAAUAGUAUUAGACGUGGGCGCUGGAUCUGGCAUCUUAUCCUUCUUUGCUGUACAAGCUGGUGCUCAGCUCGUGUAUGCCGUGGAAGCCAGCAAUAUGGCACAAUAUGCUGAGAUGUUGGUCAAUGCCAACCACCUCUCGGAGAAAAUUGUCGUGAUAGCGGGUAAAAUUGAGGAGAUUGAUCUACCACAGGAGGUGGAUAUAAUCAUUUCGGAGCCAAUGGGGUACAUGCUGUACAAUGAGAGAAUGCUAGAGACGUAUUUGCAUGCACGAAAAUGGUUGAAACCAGGUGGAAAGAUGUUUCCGUCGCGCGGAGAUCUGCAUGUGGCCCCAUUCACGGAUGAAGCACUCUACUUAGAGCAAUUCAAUAAAGCUAGUUUUUGGUACCAAACAAGCUUCCAUGGGGUCGAUCUCAGUCGCAUCCGAAAUGCCGCCAUGAAGGAAUACUUCCGCCAGCCAAUUGUUGACACAUUUGACAUACGUAUUUGCAUGGCAAAAUCCGUACGGCACGUUGUGGACUUCCUAACAGCCGAUGAGAGUGAUCUCCAUCGUAUUGAUAUCCCAUUGGAGUUUCAUAUACUCGAAACGGGGAUAUGUCAUGGGCUUGCCUUUUGGUUUGAUGUCGCCUUCACGGGGUCAACACAGCAAAUUUGGCUGUCGACAUCCCCAACGGAGCCACUGACGCACUGGUACCAGGUACGGUGCCUUCUGCAAACACCAAUUUUCGCCAAGGAGGGACAAAUGCUAACGGGACGUGUCCUCCUUGUGGCAAAUAAUCGCCAGAGCUACGAUGUGACGAUGGAAUUGAAGCUUGAGGGAACGACAAUUGCUUCCAGCAAUACAUUUGACCUCAAGAAUCCCUAUUUCCGCUACACAGGUGCUACGGCACCACCACCACCGGGUAAUAAUACCACAUCCCCAUCUGAGGCAUUCUGGACGCAACUCGAUGCUCAGGGUGCCCGAAAUGCCGUCAAUUUGGUCAAUGGGAUCUCCGUUAAUGGACUCGGCGAGGCUUCCAUGGAUAUUGGGCAACCUAUGCUUAAUACCAAUCUCAUUGGACUCGGUAAUCAGUCCAAUAUAAUUCAUCCGGGAUGCAUUCCGAGUACUGGACGUGUGCAGAAUACAAUGAAUGCAUCUGCUGGGUAUUUACCAUCCUCCGUGACGGCCGUUAUGAAUUUGGUGGGUGGUAGUAGCAACAAUUUUCUCUCCACAUCGACGUUGCAGCAGCAAAAUUUAAUGAAUGGCACUGUCUAUCGGCCAAAAUAGGAUGCGCACCAUCAACCACAAAGCAUUGUGGAAUUAUCCUCAAAGAAAAAAAAAGGUAAAGGCAGCAUAUUUUCUUCUUUACUCCUUCCACUCCCCCUUCAAGCGAUGAUAAGUGAGAGAGAAUGAAAAAGAUUUAAAUGAAAAAGAAAAUCACUUGCGAAGAAGAUAAAAGAAAAAUUCACAAUGAUUACGAUAAAAUAUCUACAUUAAGAUAUAAACUAUAUAUAUAUUUACUUGACUCAAGGAAGAAUAUUUAUCAAAUAUUCAAAACAAUUAUUAUUAAAACACACACACAGACACCCACACGCAGAAAAUUAUAAAUAUUAAAAAACAAAAAGAAAAAUGAAUGGGUAGAGCAUGCUGAAAAAAAACUAAAAGAAAAAAGAUUUUGUGGAAAGAAAAAUCAUGUUGAUUAAUCUCUGCAAAGAAAGUAGAAAAUUUUUUCUCCUUAUUUUAUUGUGACACAAAAGAAAAGAUUUUUUUUUAUUAGCAGAAAAACAAGACAAGUGAUGAAUAAAAAAAUCGUAGGGAUUUUUUUUCCUUAUUAAAAUUAUACAAUUAUAGUUACAUAAAUUAUGUGUAGAAGAAUAUGUGUGCGAGAAGAAAAAAUGAAUUGUGAAGACGCGUUAAAUAUUUUAACAGAAAAAUUUUAGGCAUGAAAUUGUGCAAGUUUUAUCAACAAAAAAUAUUUGAAAAUUAUUGAAAAAGAAAUGCUCAGUUUUGCAGAGAGAAAAAGCAAUGACGGAAAAAUCUCUUAAAGAAGCAUCCAAUUUUAAUGAAAGAAAUAGCAUUUUUAUGUUUUAUGCGUUCAUUUUACAUUUACAUGUUCAUUGGGAAAAAUUGUAUGUUUUUUUUUAAUUUAUGUUAAAUUGCAUCAAUCUUCAAAUUUAGAAAAAAAAUGUUCUUCGUCGAUUUUUUUUAUCAUUGAUUCAAAAACUAUUUUAAAAAAUAUUUUAUUUGCACGUUUAGCAGGAAAAUAAAAGAGAUUCCUUUUUUAAAAAAUCAUUUAGUUGUUUAAAAAUCUAUUGAAACGAAAAAGAAAUAUUCAAAAAAUAAUAAAAAAUAGUCAAUGUGUUGCAAUGAGGCAUCCAGUGAAACGAGAUUAAUAAGAAAAAUAUUAAAUUGAAUGAAAAAAAGAUACUAUAAAGUAAUUUAUUGAAGAACAUUUAAAAAUAAAGACAUUCUCAGAAGUGUGCAGCUCUAAA